AUGUUAAAAGAGACGAAAGGCGCCGGUAUUGUGCAAAAAUUGAAUGAGAGUAUGGUUCGCUUCAAACAUUUUCUACGAUCGGAAGAGGAGCAGCACAAUAGUGAUGAAUUCAUCUUUGACCUUACCUGCAUAUUAGCGAGAGUAUGCCAAGAGCCAAUAGACGAGAACGUGAUCAAAGUUCUCACGGCACUGAAAGGUUCAAUUUUUUUAAAAUCAAAGAUUCCAUGCCUGCUAGAUCGUAUUAAAGACUCAGUAACCUUAAAUGACCAAGAAUCCCAAAGAAGACUUAUUCAAUAUCUGAUCAAAAUAUUCACACAAUUUUUGAUGCCUUUGCCCAGUUCUUAUGCUGAUCUGCCCUAUGAACAAUUGAAACAAGCCUUAGAUGAAUCCAGCAUCGACAGAAAAGAUGAGCUUGAAAAGGAACUUGAGGUCUUUAAACAAGUCAGAGGAAAUGUCAUUAUAGCUGAGAGACAAAAGCGAGGACAACGUUAUACUAACAUGACAGGAGAAAAGCCUCCGGAUGACUUCAGGGAUUUGCCGAUUUGUCCAACGAACAAAGAAAUGACAUCUCAGGAACGACCUUUCCUGCGAAAGAACAUUUCAAAGGGAAGAUAUGACGAUGUUGAACAUUAUCUUGAUGUACAGUUUCGAUUGCUUAGAGAAGAUUUCCUCGAGCCCUUAAGGGAAGGAAUUUAUGAAAUUACCCACAACGUUCCUAAAGAACGGCGCAACCAGUCAAUGAAAUGCUACCAAGGAGUGCGUAUUGUCGGAAAGGAAUUCACACCCUCUGGCGUAAUUUACAAAGUUCAACUUCAUGACUCUAAGUCUUCCAAAGCAAUAUUAGCUCACUCAAAACGGCUCAUAUUUGGUUCAUUCGUUUGCCUUUCGAAAGACAAGUUCCAAACAAUGCUCUUUGCCACAGUUGCAAAUCGAGAUCCAAAGGAUGUGGAUGAAGGUAAAUUUGACAUCCGAUUCGUCGAAGAUCAAAAUGUUUUUGGUAUCGAAAAGCGUCAAGUGCAGUACCAGAUGGCCGAGUCUCCGGCGUAUUUUGAGGCGUAUUAUCAUGUGCUCAAGGGACUCCAAGAACUAAACGAAAACAGCAUGCCUUUUCCUAAGUACUUGGUUGAAUGCAGUGCCGAGGUGGGCCCACCAAAGUAUCUCAGACGCGAUAACAAUCACGAUCCCGUAUGUUACGAUCUCAGCAAAGCCCUUGCCAUAAGUCAUCCAGCAAAGCUACAGAAGGUACCUGUUCUCCAACCCGAAGCUUGGCCACCGGCUGAGGAACUUCCCUCUUAA